GGACAAUGUCCGUGCAACACUGGUUUACAGAGUCUCGGGCUUCCUCUCAGCUAACAGCAACGUUGAGAGUGAACAUGCAUGCGAGGUAAGAGUAGCGGGAUCUGCCGUUUCAGGCGGCGUUCCCCAGUUAUUCAGUUGGGGAAGUACGAACGAUGUCCAACGGCUUCACGUCUCAUGACGGAGUACAGGCAACUAGUCUCGGGAGGUGCCGCGGACGACACGUUCACUGCAGGUAAGCUUGACUGGUCUGCUUGCGUAAUCUUCUUUUGGGACGACCCGAAAUCCGAGGACAAUUUUGUCGGUAUUCUUUUGGGUGUCUAUGGAUUUUUACUUCCACACCACUCGUAGCCUUGAUCCAAGAUCCGAAGGACAUAUCUUUCGGAGUGCUCGUGCUUGCCUACCUCUCAUUGAUUCUCUGUUCCGCACUUCACUCCUAAAGGAAGGUGGCGUGUUCACUGCAAAGUUGUCAGUUCCUAGCGAUUACCCCUCGGCCCAUUCAAAAUGGGAUUUGGCCCGCUCGUACUGCAUCC